GGGUUGAAGUUCAAUAGUACUAGGAUUCGACGACAGAAUGUUGAAUAAGUUCCUUGCUUCCCUUUUAAAGAUGAGAGGUGUGCAUAAAUGCUCUAUCCUGGCGUGCAUUAUUCAUGAUGAUUUCAAUGUUGUUAAAAAUGAGUUGUAGGCAUUUUUCAGUAGAUGGUGGGAAGAGCAAAGUCCAGAAAUUCAAGAAGAAGUACGAAAACUUGUUGACUCCGGCCAGUUGGAAUUCGUAAAUGGUGGCUGGUGUAUGCAUGAUGAAGCAACUACUCAUUAUGUAGACAUGAUUGACCAAACAACUCUUGGCCAUCAACUUUUAAAGAGUCAAUUUAAUAAAACUCCUCGUGCCGGAUGGCAGAUUGAUCCAUUUGGACACUCUGCAGUGCAAGCUUAUCUACUUGGGGCCGAGCUGGGAUUUGAUUCCAUUCAUUUUGCACGGAUUGAUUAUCAAGACAGAGCAAUACGUAAGGAAGAUAAAUCUCUUGAAGUUAUAUGGCAGGCUUCCAGGACAUUUGGCUCCUCUUCUCAGAUAUUUGCCAAUGCAUUUCCUGUUCAUUAUGGCGCACCAGAUGGGUUUGAUUUUGAAGUAGAUGAAGACUUCAUUCCAGUCCAGGACAAUCCCCUUCUUUUUGACUUCAAUGUUGAAACAAGAGUUAAUGAUUUUAUUAAUGCCUCAAUGAUUCAGGCAAAUGUGACUAGAAAUAAUCAUAUUAUGUGGACGAUGGGUGAUGACUUCAAAUAUCAAUAUGCUGAGUCUUGGUUCAAGCAAAUGGACAAACUGAUUCAUUACGUUAACAAGGAUGGCCGAGUGAAUGCAUUGUAUUCUACUCCUUCUAUCUAUACCGAUGCAAAGCGUGCCGCCAGUAAAUCUUGGCCUCUAAAAACUGAUGAUUAUUUCCCAUAUGCUGAUAGAGCGAAUGCAUACUGGACUGGUUAUUUUACAAGUCGACCAGCCUUUAAGCAAUACAUUCGUUUUCUGAGUGGAUAUUAUCUGGUAAUACAUUCUAGGACUUGA